CCGUGCUGAAUUGUUUUUGAAAUUUCAAUUUGCCAUUCGAUCAAAAUCUUUAAUUAUUCGGUUACCAACGGUACAAAAUCGGUAGUUUGAUCGAAUAAUUUACGCUAACUUCAUAUCUGAUUUUGCUCAAAAUUUAGCAUAGAAGGCUCAAGUGAAAGUGUCAAGAGAUUGAAUUGGAUUUUUUAGUUUUGACACGUAAAGAAAACAUAAAAGCAAAAAAGUGUAACGAUCGGUGGCGUGAUUUUAUUGAGAAAAGCAAUUUUAAAUACAAAGCAAAACAAAAAAAAAAAAAAAGAAAUUAAAAACACCCACGAAGCAAACAAAGCAUAACAAACACCAAAGCCUUUCGUAGUGCGAAAAGUUAAUAAAAUUGUACGGAAAGUAUCAAAAGAGACAAUUGCAUAAGCAAAAAGCGCCGAAUUAUUGUGAACGCAACGAGUGCUGUUGAUUAUUAAAACCUAAAAGGAAAAAUUACAUAUAAAAAUUGCAAUAUGAGCGGAUUCAGAGAGAUGUCUAAACUGGAGAACAGUCGAAACUGCCUACGACGCAUUGCACGCCACGAUGAACCACAAUUCUCCAAAGACAGUAUUGUUAAUGUUAUGGAGAGAUUUGUGAAAACAGUUAAAGUUAUGGAUGAUACCAUACUGGUGCCGUGUUUGCUAAUGGAUCGGCAGGUCGGUGAUAGCACAGAUAUUAUACCAGCACCUGGCAAGAAUUCCACCUCCAAUCAGCAUACUCUUGAACAUUCUGUUGCACAUGGCAAACGUAGCGCUGCACACUCCAAGAACGUGCACGAGUUCCUCAGCUCAUCGGAGCUCUUCAACCUCUACAAUAUGCUGAAAGUGCUCAAGACUGAUUUGCUCUGGACGGGCAAGGAUGAGUCGGAAGAUGAUGAAAAUGACGUAUGUAGUGAGCAACGCGUAAACGAAGCGGACACAGUCGCCUAUACACGUUAUGAUUCCAACAAAUCGGAUGCGGUUAGUGUGACCAGCAGUACAGAGGCAGUUGGCGCUGUUAGCAAAAGCGCAAGCACAGCAAUAGCACCAACCACCACAGCCACGAACAAGAGUAGCGGUAAAGGUCACAAUCGCUGUCCCUCCACCGCUUCAGUAGCCUCGAUUGUCUCAACCACAUCGGCGGGUAAUCUGAGCGAUUCGGAGAGUGAAAUUUCAAAUGAAAAUGACUCUGGCAUGGAGUCGGAAGGCCAUAAGAGUGACAAUCAACCAAGCAGCACUGAGUCUGUUAGCGGCAGCGAUGACACCGAUUCACGUGCCGCUGCUGUCGCCAACUCAACCGCCAAUGCCGACAAAGCUACUGAAUUGGCGAAACGUUGUCGGCGACAUUUAAACGGCCUCUACCAAUGUCUGGAACAGAUGACAGAGGCGGCACAUUAUCUGACUGUGAGAUACCAAAGUGAUAUUGGACCCGUUUAGGGACGAACUGCCGUAGAGUGUGCAUAAAGCAGGAUAGAGAAUGUGCGAGCUGCGGGCACAAGAGUGCCCACUUUAUGUGGAGUACUGUGUUAGGGGGGUAGUCAGUCUCUUUAUUCGGGGGUAGGGGUGUCAUAAGCGGGUUUUUUUUUAUGUAAUUAUUUAAUAAUAUUCAGUGUCUUUUUAGGGUUUUAGGGUUAGGCGAUUGGGAAGACAUUCAGCUGUGUGCGCGAUUAUGCCCAGACCGAUGGAAAUUGUUGAUUUUCAAUACAACAAAGUGUUGGUGCAAUUAGUUGAUUUCAAAAAGAGAUAAAAUAUAAAUAUUUAAAUGUAAAAAUAUAAAAUAUUUUAAAAUAUUUUAUGUUUUUUUAAUCAUAAAAAUAUUGAAAUAUCACAAUCAUUUUGUUAUUCCAAAACACGCACAUACUGACACGUGCGCGUGAAUUUUUUUCAAAUACCAACAUGCGAUGUGAUGUGAUAUGAUAUGCUGACUGAAUGGCGCCGUGCGUGUGUGGGCAUAAUGGGCGCAGGCGCUAAUUGUCGAUUGUUUGUAUGCAAAUUAAUUUCACAGUUUGUGUGUGUAGGGUAUAAGCGGAGUAGCUAGUCUAGAAAUAUUUAGUGUAAAGAAGAGAGCGUUUGCAAAUAUAAAUAAACUAUUGUGCAUGAAUAUAUAAAAAUAUCGGAUCAAAUUGUAUGAAGACAACAUGAAAAUACUAAAAUCUGUACAAACACAACAUGUAGCUAUUUUAAAGCAGCAAUUAUAUUGGAAAAAGUUGCUAUCAAAAUUUUUUGGAAAAUAAUUUUUUUUUUUACAAAAAAAAGUGUAAAGAGUAAAGUAUGUAUAUAUUUUUUUUUUUUGUAAGCAAAGAAGACCGCACAAGUGCUCUGCUCUCUGAAUAGCGCAGCACAUGACGAACUUUAAGGCGAUUGCUCGCAAAAAAAGCAAACAUGUUAUAAAAAUACUGUACAAAAACAAAAUAUUUUCAAAUAUUAUUUCCAUAUUUAUGUGAUAUAUAAAGUUUUGGUAUGCUCUGCCGCGCGCAUGGCUGAUUGCUCUGUACUAUCUGUGUCGCUUGCGCUUGACGUGAGGUCAUUUUAAUCAAAGGCUCGGAGAUGAAGCCGGAAAUGUGCGCGCGAAAUGCAUAAAUAAUUGGAAGAAUUGGUUAACUGUAUACGAAAUUCAGUGUCUAUUUCGAAGACAGCACACAAUUACAACUACUACUAAAAACGUAUUAUAUGCAUGAAUGUGUGUAGAAACAUUCUUAUGUAUGUAUAUCCUCAUAUAUGUAGGUAUGUGAGAAAAAUUUAUGUCAUAAUUAAAGACAAACAUUCAUAUAAACAUACACAUAUAUAUUGAAUUAAUGAAGAAACAUAAUAAAGAAGCCAAAGUUAUUUAACAGUCA